GCGCUGCUACGGUCACACCAGCCCAGAAUUUCAUUGCGAAAAAAAUAAAAGAAUCGAGACAUCGGUGCGGCGACGACGACUCAAGUGCAAUUUGAAGAAUAGUUGUGGGUGCUUGGCAGACAGAGAUUGAGAUUCAGGGCGUGUGACAGCGAUCGCGAGUGCAGUGCUAAUUUUCCGUUCGCAGGCCAAGUGACACACGGCACGGCGGCACAAUGAGCGCCCCUGGCAUGGAUAAAAGAAAACUCUCCACAUCGGGCGACUCGCUCUACGAAAUCCUGGGACUUCCGAAGACAGCCACCGGAGAUGAUAUCAAGAAGACGUACCGGAAACUCGCACUCAAAUACCAUCCCGACAAGAACCCCGACAAUGUCGAUGCGGCCGAUAAGUUCAAGGAGGUGAACCGGGCCCACUCGAUACUGAGCGACCAGACCAAGCGCAACAUAUACGACAACUACGGCUCCCUGGGCUUGUACAUAGCCGAGCAGUUUGGCGAGGAGAAUGUCAACGCGUACUUCGUGGUCACGUCGCCGGCUGUGAAGGCGGUGUUCAUCUGCUGCGCUGUGAUCACUGGAUGCUGCUGUUGCUGCUGCUGCUGCUGCUGUUGCAACUUCUGCUGCGGCAAGUUCAAGCCGCCGGUCAACGAGUCGCACGACCAGUAUUCACAUCUGAAUCGCCCUGAUGGCAAUCGAGAGGUCAACGAUAUGCCACCGCACUUGGGACAGCCGCCACGCCUUGAGGACGCUGAUCUCGACGACGUGAACCUUGGAGCGGGCGGAGCCCCCGUGACCUCACAGCCGCGCGAGCAGGCCGGAGGACAGCCCGUUUUCGCCAUGCCGCCGCCCAGUGGAGCCGUGGGAGUCAACCCCUUCACCGGUGCCCCUGUGGCAGCUAACGAGAACACAUCGCUGAACACCACGGAGCAGACCACUUACACGCCAGAUAUGGUUAAUCAAAAAUAUUAGUCAAGUGCUGCGAGCGAAUCAAACCCAAGCCCCAUGUGCAUGCGUACGCCACACAUUCAGAUACAGAUACAGACACAGAAAAUACAAACCCUAAAUCGUAACCGAAAGAGAAAACCAGAUUUAUUUCCUAAUUAUUAAAGUUGUUUUUAAGAUGCGCGAUAUGUUGAAGCGAGUAAACAUAUAAACCUAUGUAUUUAUUUUAAGCCGUAGCACUUAGCUCUAAUUUUAAACAGUCUUACGUGCCGGCGGCCUUGUGGCCGGUCGUUCCACUUCGGAUAAUCGUUUCACCAAUUCCAUUGUGUAGGCCACUUAGCUAGCUCUGCAGCCGCAGCCAUAUGCAACUCGAAUCGAUAGCCAGGCUGCGCAGCCACCAUCUCCACCAUCUCCACCAUGUCCACCAUCCAGCCACGCUAAGAACACCUGCGGUGUCUAUUAAAUUGUAUAUCGGGAGUUCACCUAGACAUUUGCUUGGGGAUCGGAUCCCUUCCGGCGAGCUCCGCCGCAGUGGACAAUGAAUCGACUUCUCGCGAAGAGAGGCACUGUAAUUAUAUAUAUGUAUAUGAUAUGUGUAUCUAGUUUGCAUUUGUGUCGUCGCCUGUCGCCUAGUCUAGCUAAUUGUUCGCAAGAUCGCCUUCACCGAUUGUUUCUGUUAAUUUGCACUGAAUUGUUGGAGCCAGAAAGAACUACAUACUUAUGUAAAGAAGAUGAAUUGUCGAGCCGAAUGCUCCGAUCCGAUUCUAAUGCAAAUGUAAAUAAGUCGAGUUAAGCAAUUAAGCAUCACACAGUCACGCAGGGGAGGACGAUGAAGGACACUAUAGAUGGCGAAACCUAAUGGAAGAUAAAUUAUAUAACAGAUAUUAAUAAUCCCUCUUUAUAUAUAUAUAUAUAUAAAUUAAAUACGAGUAAUCAAAAGUUCGAUUGUAUCCCCCGAAAGUAUUGCACAUAUGUAUUCUAAAAUUAUUUUCUAAAUUAAUUGUAUCCGAUUGGUUUUCGUUGAACUGUUAACACGCUUUUAAAUGUAAAUGAAUGCGAUUAGUCCAGCAGUAAUUAACUUUUAUAUAUUGUACUUAGAAGCUCCAUUCUUAUCAUUGACAUUUAUAAUUGCGGAUCAGCUCUGGGCCGGGACUAGGGAUCGUUUAUCCGAGGGUCCCUGACUCACCCAUAGUAUAAACAUGCAAAUAUGAAAUUCAAUUAACGAUAAUAACUUUUUGCGGUCUUGCGUGUGUAUUUAUUGUUCGUACAAGUCAAAAGCAAAAAUACUAAGUAAACUAAAUUUAAACUUAACAAUUGUUUCCGAAUUUCAAUUGUACUCUGGUGUAACACGAAGAAAUCGAAAUAAAUUUACUAUACAAACUCAA